AUGUCGGGCUCCGACGCCGCGCCGGCUGCGCCCAAUGGCAUCACGCUGUUUUGGUAUCAUGCCUCUCCAUUCGGCAGACGCGUGAAAGCUUGGCUAACGCUCCGCAACAUCCAGCAUGCGGAAUGUAUCGUAUCCCCGAUUAUGCCACGGCCGGCUCAGGAAGCCUUGGGAAUCAAUUACAGACGCAGUCCUGUUAUGGCGAUUGGUCGGGAUGUUUACCUUGAUACGCGACUGUCGCUUGCGAAGCUGGAUGAGAUGUUCCCGCCGUCGAAUGAGCACCCCGGACUCUCAUCGCCGGCGACGGCGGGGCUGGCGUCGCUGUUGCAAACGUUGAUGGUUGAUGUUGGUAUGUUCAGAGAAGUUGUGAAGCAGAUUCCGACAAACUCGCCGUUGAUGAAGGAUCCCAAGUUUCAGAAAGAUCGGGCAGGGUUCUUCGGGCCUGACUGGAAGCCUGAUAGUUCAAGUAGAGUUGAGGGCAUUGUUCAUACCCGAAAUAUGUUUGAUACACUAGAGUCGCUGUUGGUGGAUGGCAGGCGCUGGAUGGGGAACACUGAGAGCAUAUCAAUCGUCGAUCUCGAAGGUGUGUGGGUCAUUGACUGGUUCCUGGGUGACUUGAAGUCGCCACAAGAGUACUUCUCCGAGAAGCAAUAUCCCCUCGUGCACCAGUGGCGCUCGCGAUAUUGUGAGGAGCUUGGCGCGGCGAAGGCGUGUAUGAAGAAGCCAAUGUUGUUGCAGGGACCAGAUGCCGUGAAAAUCAUUUCUGCUUCGGCAUUCACGGACAAGGAUGUCAUCGUUGAUACAGCGGAUCCUUUACACCUGAUGGCUGGGACGACGGUUGAGCUUUUCCCGACCGAUGGUGGUGGCUUUACCCAUAAGGACCACGGUAGUCUAGUAAAGCUGAACAAGGACGAGGUUGCCAUCUCUGUCAGGUCGCAAGCAGGUGUUGAGAUCAGACUGCACGCUCCUAGAUGGCGGUUCAAAGUGAAGCAGAUUCGUGCAAAUCUCUGA